AUGGCUUUCACUGUAAUCUCUGGCGGCGCAAAUGGUGUGGAUUUAGAAGCAGAAAAGUUAGCAAGACACUAUGGUUUACCAGUACAUGUCCUCAUACCUCCUUGCCAUCCGAGAAAAGCCUCCAUACUACCCUUAACUCAUCAACAAUUAGCUGAAGCGAUUCCUCUCACAACGCAAGUGGCUAAUCGUCUCAACAAACAGUUAACCAACCCGAUCAGUUUACAGUAUAUCCACCGAAAUUAUCAUGUGGUGAAACAAGCUGAGAUGGUGCUGGCAUUUACUUAUUUUCAACCAGAAAGAAAAGUUUGCUUGGGCGGAACAGGCUGGGCAGUAGAAAUGAGUAAAGUCCUCAACAAAGUCCUGUAUGUGUAUGAUGUGGAGCGAAACAUUUGGUUUUGGUAUAACCCUCACCAAGAUUUGUUUUACGCAUGUGAUGAAAUGUCAGAUGAACAGUACGCUUUACCCACACUAGUGAAGAAAACCGCCAUUGUAGGAGUCAGAAACAUCUACGAUUACCCUGAGGCUCUUUUAGAAUUGCAAGAGACUUUUAAACGAAGUUUAAAUCUACCGAAACAAGAAUGCAAGAAUGUGAAGGAACUUUGUAACCCAUUUAAAUUAUUAUCUAUUUUAUAA